AUGCUGCACCUCAAUCGUCGUCGAUACCAUCCGGUAUGCGAUCUCGCACAGGCUGGUGACGAGCAGAAGCCCGAAUGUUCGCAAUGUCGCAAAGGUGGUAGAGAGUGUCGGCCCAGCGAAGGCAUCGUCUUCCGCCAUCAACAAAAUGCAUCGAUGAACAAGAACUUGGACGACCCUUCGCCUGGUCGUGGUAAUCUCAAGGGAUUCUACUCGUACAAGAAUACGUUCGAUAAGGAUAGCGUGUGGUUGGAUAUUCCGAAGCAUGGUAGUCCUCCCCUCUACACUUCCACCUACCUGUUCCUGUGUUUUAUCUUCGUCGACAAUUCAGAUCCGUAUGCCGAUGAUCUCGAGGCCGCGCUAGGCGAGUCCGAAGCUGCUAUUCUGGCCGCCAAUUCGCAGACUCGACACUGGAAUUCUCAUCAUCCCUCCCCGUCGGACGGGGAAUCUCACGGCCUCGAAACCCUUUCCACGGCGGCUGUUCAUGAUCGCCUUUCGUAUCCUCCCUUCAGUGUUGAACAACAACAGGCUUUGACGGCGACCGACGGCGGCUCGGCCUUCAACACUGUUUCGACCACCUCCAUCUCGUCGGGACCUUCUCCGAACCCUCCACGCAGCACGAUACCCCCUCUCGCUUCCCCUCCCAUCUCGAUCGCCUCCAGCAAUAAUAAUACUAAUAAUAACAUCAACUUCCUUCUGAAUCCCUCUUCUCAGUCACACUCGCCGCCGGUUGAUCCGACGAUCCAGCAUGCACCUGAGCGUAGAGGUUCGUCGUUGACGUCCAGGUCCCUCGUGUCAAGAGGCGGCAAACCGGUUGAACAGCGGUCGGACAUGCCGGUGGAGACCGAGCACGAGAUCGCCUUUCUAUUAAGAAAUUUCUCCGAAGCACCAGGACUCUGGAUGGAUUUGUUCGACCUGGGAACGUAUUUCGCAUCUUAUAUUCCUGUCAGGGCUCUGACGAAUCCGUUGCUUAAAUACGCAGCGUGUGCAUAUUCCGCGAAGCAACUAGGCCGCAUCAGGAAGUUUGGAUCCUCCACCGGAGAUGCCGUCUCUAUCCAAGCUUCGCUGGAUUCGUGGCCCGAUGAAAGUGCCGUAGACUGGGGUUGGUAUGGAGCCAAAUAUUACGAAAAGGCCAUCCAGCUUUUGAUGAAAGAGCUUCAGCCGGAUAAGGGCCCGGCGCCGCUAAGCACUCCCGAGGCCUUUGGGCAAUGGCAGGCUGCUGAGCUGUGUGAGAACGGUGACAAUCCUCGCAAGCGUCGACGGCGUUACACGGAAAGUCGCCUGUCUAACGGCGUUCACUCGGACGAGAUCCUAGCCGCCACGGCCAUCCUGUCUGUAUAUGAACUGCUGGAUGCGACCGGGCCAGCCUGGAGUCGGCAUCUGAGUGGUGUCAAGUCACUGCUGGAUGUGGCCGAAGUCGGAAUGAUGCCACUUGAACAGCGUCCGUCACCGGGAGAGACGGCUUUCCCACCUCCGAAGAGACCGGGACUCUCCAGGGCCCGAAAAGCGACAUUCUGGAAUUUCGCUCGGCAGGAUUAUCUAGCUGCUUUCAUCAACGAGUGUCAGACGAGGUUGAACACCGAGGACUUAGUGUUGUGGACUGAGGCGGGCCUUCAAAUCGAUAACAUGGGCUUUGUGCGGCUCACUAAUGCCACUACGGCUGGGUAUCCGGAAGGCGACGAGGCCAUGAAGGAGGACAUCGUCGGUAAUGGACUCAUCUGGAUCCUGUCUAAGAUCGUCAACUAUAUCAGUGCCGGGGACCACUUGCAUUUGGACAACGGCUCCGUUGAUUCGGGGCCCUUGGCAAUAUCGCAGCAGGUUCUGCUGGAGCGGUGGUACCGUCUGGAGACCGAGCUUGAUGUAUGGUAUAACGGGCUUCCGCAUACGUUCCGACCUUGUGCAAGGCUUCAAUCACGUGCAAAGGACAGCGCAACCGGUAAUGACCUCUCGUCUCUCUGUGAGAUAUGGCACAGCAUUCCGGUUUGCGCAUCUGCCAUGCAACACUACCAUAUGGCUCGGAUUCUGCUUCUCAUCAACAAACCCCACGAGUCAACCAGUAGACGGAGCACCAUUACCAACAGGCUCAACUCAUAUCGUUCGAUCGAGAGCGAAAUUCGGUUUCACAGCCGCGAAAUUGUAGGCAUCUCGAUGGGUCGUCCAAGUGGCGCCGUCCGGAUCAACUCUCUCCAGCCACUGUUCGUCAGUGGUCAGUGUCUCACCGAGCCUGCCGAGCGACGGACGACGUUGCAAUUGCUGCGCGGCAUCGAGACCGAGCUUGGCUGGGCAACGGAGUACCGGGUCAACCAACUGCUCCGAGAAUGGGGCUGGAAUGAGGGCGCCGGAGACGUUGAAGUUCCGUGA